UGAGUAAACACGCACUGACGCGAGAAUGAUCAACUGGAAGCAAGUUUUCGUUCUUUUUCUGUCCAUCUACCCCCUGUUUGGCGAGUGCUGUUCGUGCUUUGACACAAGUAGCCGCUAUGAGGCGCUGAGGGACGGGGUCUGCGACGGCGGCGCCUACGCGGGUGUCGUGCUCGGAGCGACGUGCACCUGCUUCGAAGGAACCACUACGGAGAACUCCAAAACGUUCGACUGCCGCGAGUAUUCUUACUCUGAGAGCGACGACAUCUACUCGGCGGAGAUAGUACGCCGGGUAGAGCUCAGCAGUGAUAUCCGGCUUGACGUCUACAUCAAUCAAUUAAUCAAGACGUGCGAAAAAGCAGAGGACACCCUUGCGCGAGGUGUAACCUUUCAAUACACUGGAGCGGAGCCUGAUGUGAUGACAGCGGAAAAUGAUACAGAGCCACUGAUCUGCCCAUUCAACGACGAAAGCACAGACUACCUCCAGUACGGAUAUGUCUGUGUGUACAGGGUUCGAAUCACAGAGGUCUUUGCGGGGAAUUUUAGUGUGGGAGAUGUGAUCACUAGUUCUGGGCCUGAUACCGGCACCAGCUGCUCGCCAGAGUUGGGCAGGAUUCUGCAGUUGAGGACAGAGUACCUGGCUGGAGUGGGUGGCCCCUGUACUCCCCUCAUUAAUUGGGACCUCCUCAGCUCCUACAGUGAAAAUGACCUGGAAACACUGAGGGAUCUCGCAGAGACACGAGACCCAGAAAAGUGUGGUAGUCCUCCACUGCCUGGUGUGGCUGCAGUCGUGAGUACAUUGAAUAUCCCACUGACGAGUGCCCCUCACUGCUACACCUGGAGAACAGGGACAGAAUUCAUCUACAAUGGAACCAGACAGAUGACAUUCUCUGUGUGGAUUGAGCAGAGCAGCUUCUCAGAUAGUCAGCGAGAGGCUCUGACUCACCAGUUCUAUUCUCUGGGAGAGUCUCCACAGCUGGUGACAGUCACACCGUCAGUAGAGCUCGACCUCACAGCUCAUGGCUUCAACACAGAGAUAAAUGUGUGGGAGUUUGUGGUGGAAGGAGUUGAGAACCUACCAGUGGAGGUGGUGAUAGAGGUAGUCUGCAGUGGGGUCCUGGUCAUGGGCUGUGGAGUCAGUAAAAUCGAGUGUGUGUACAGUCCCCAUAGGUUCUCCAUUGUUACAAGACGACUCAACAACUCCAUGGUGUCCACUAGUACAGAGUUUAACAUCUCAGAUUCAAGACUAACAUUGAUCCAAGAUAGUGCUGCACUUGGUACUUCCAUCCUUCUCAAUGGUGGUAUCAGCUAUAUCAGCCAAGAUGACCUUGCUACUCUGAAACAGUUUGAAGUUGUUGGUGUGAAUGGAGAGAUCAGUGAUGCAGCAUUCACUAGUUCCACACUCUGUCUUCUCAUCAAUGGAGAGAUACACUACUGUCUCGAGACUCGACGGCUUCGGGAGGCGGUCCGAGCAUCGAAGGAAUUGCUGAGUCAGCUUUAUCAGUGGGGCCGCUAUGAGGCGCUGAGGGACGGGGUCUGCGACGGCGGCGCCUACGCGGGUGUCGUGCUUGGAGCGACGUGCACCUGCUUCGAAGGAACCACUACGGAGAACUCCAAAACGUUCGACUGCCGCGAGUAUUCUUACUCUGAGAGCGACGACAUCUACUCGGCGGAGAUAGUACGCCGGGUAGAGCUCAGCAGUGAUAUCCGGCUUGACGUCCACAUCAAUCAAGUUAUCAAGACGUGCGAAAAAGCGGAGGACACCCUUGCGCGAGGUGUAACCUUUCAAUACACUGGAGCGGAGCCUGAUGUGAUGACAGCGGAAAAUGAUACUGAGCCACUGAUCUGCCCAUUCAACGACGAAAGCACCGACUACCUCCAGUACGGAUAUGUCUGUGUGUACAGGGUUCGAAUCACAGAGGUCUUUGCGGGGAAUUUUAGUGUGGGAGAUGUGAUCACUAGUUCUGGGCCUGAUACCGGCACCAGCUGCUCACCAGAGUUGGGCAGGAUUCUGCAGCUGAGGGCAGAGUACCUGGCGGGAGUGGGUGGCCCCUGUACUCCCCUCAUUAAUUGGGACCUCCUCAGCUCCUACAGUGAAAAUGACCUGGAAACACUGAGGGAUCUCGCAGAGACACGAGACCCAGAAAAGUAUGGAAGAGGUAUGUCCGGUGACCAGCUGCCUUCAUACAAGAACGUAAGUACAUUGAAUAUCCCACUGACGAGUGCCCCUCACUGCUACACCUGGAGAACAGGGACAGAAUUCAUCUACAAUGGAACCAGACAGAUGACAUUCUCUGUGUGGAUUGAGCAGAGCAGCUUCUCAGAUAGUCAGGUAAAAUACCCCUCUGAGUUUCUCUCUAGAAGUUUUGCGUGGCUACAACAGCGAAAGGCUCUGACUCACCAGUUCUAUUCUCUGGGAGAGUCUCCACAGCUGGUGACAGUCACACCGUCAGUAGAGCUCGACAUCACAGCUCAUGGCUUCAACACAGAGAGAAAUGUGUGGGAGUUUGUGGUGGAAGGAGUUGAGAACCUACCAGUGGAGGUGGUGAUAGAGGUAGUCUGCAGUGGGGUCCUGGUCAUGGGCUGUGGAGUCAGGUUCUCCAUUGUUACAAGACGACUCAACAACUCCAUGGUGUCCACUAGUACAGAGUUUAACAUCUCAGAUUCAAGACUAACACUGAUCCAAGAUAGUGCUGCACUUGGUACUUCCAUCCUACUCAAUGGUGGUAUCAGCUAUAUCAGCCAAGAUGACCUAGCUACUCUGGAACUGUUUGAAGUUGUUGGUGUGAAUGGAGAGAUCAGUGAUGCAGCAUUCACUGGUUCCACACUCUGUCUUCUCAUCAUUGGAGAGAUACACUGUCUUCCAUAUGACGACUCCCAGAUCAUUUCCCCUUCAGUGAUGAGUCUACCUGGUGUCCGUCGAUUAGCUGGUAGAGGUAUCCACAGAACUGGGGUAUGUGUAGUUAGCUCUGCAACCCACGAGAAAUAUACUUUACCUGUUUCCAUCCAGGAGACCUAUGAUGUAGUUGUCAUCUGGUCAACAUCAGCUGAAAUGAUUCUAGUCUCAGAAGAUGGUGGAGUUAGCUUCACUGAACUCGGCCUCCCCUUCACUCCAGAGUCAGUUCAUUCAGUCAAUGUACACCCCUUCAAGAGAAUUGUUUCCGUUCUGACCACCAUAUCUGGUUCCCUGGCUCAGUUUGUGCAAUGUGAUCUUGCUAACCAGAGCUGCUCUGAAAAUGGACCAUCAUUUGCCUACAGUGGUAAUGGUGGGAAUCUCAGUGCUGUAUUCGGUGCAGACAGGUUUGGAGACUUAUUCAUCUGGAGCAGUAUUGAGCUCUACUACAGUCCCAAUGGAGGUGUGACUGUGAGGGCUCUACCAGUCAAUGUACGCGGUGAAGGCUCUGGCCUCUUGAGUCCUGUGGAGUGGAGCAAUGGAGAGGCUAUCAAACAGACUGCAUCUGGUGUUGGAGGACAGUUUGCACUGCUGAGCUCUUCAAACAGACUGUUCUAUGGGACUCUAUCAUAUGGCUCUGCAAUAGAGAUUGCCUCAGGUGCUCUACCAGACAGCCCAGCAGUGAUCUCAUUCAACAGUCUGGGUCAACUGAGGAUCAUCACCAUUGAAAACAGUGGUAUUGUUGUUCACACUAUUCCCACCUAUUCACUGCUCAUGGAUGCCCUCUACCCCCCACCUGCCUGCCCGUUCACUCAGUGGAGGCACAGCACCCAGCAGAGUGUUUUCUACCUAGACAAGAGAGAAACUCUCACACUGUGGGCGAGUGUAAUUCCAGCACCGUGGAAGGCAAACGAAAUAUCGUUUGCAGUGUCAGACCCAGACAGUAUUGAGACUACCAGUGAGAAUGUUGAGCUCCAAACAGCAGUAGUUGGAGUUGUCCAGAGAAACCAGACUGUCACCAUUAGUCCUGCAAGAUCCCUCAUCUCCACAGCAAGGACUGCUGUGAAGCUGUCGGCUGCAGUACAGAACCUUGCCUGCCCGACCUCGGCAGAAAUGGUAUCAAUGCUGGCUAUGGAAUGCCCUCCAGGAAGACACAUUCAAGUCAAAGGCUUGCCCAGAAGAUGCAGUUCAUAUGCAGACUACACGUACACCAUUCCUAAGAAAAACUAUGACAGUACAUUCAGAGAUGGAAGGUCCAACUCGGACAAGAGGGUGGAGUACAAUGUGGAGAUGUACGGCUGUCCCAUCGCUAUUCCGUACACUCAGAGAUUCAGACCAACUCUAGAACUGUAUGACGACGACGUUUAUCUUGAAGAAGUUGAUGCGGACUUUGUUGUGUGGGAGAUCCACGGACGGCAUGACUACAGCUACACAGCCACUGCCAAGAAGACAUACAGGUCUUGUUAUGAGGGGGUAGGAGAGUUUAAUGGAAAAGUGAAGUAUCAGAUAUUGAACAGCAGUGGAGUGUCUUCACUGGAGUGGCCCGAGAUAAAUGGAAUGUACAUAUUUGCAGCUACAGUUGUCGCCAGGGACUACAGCUUUUGUCACCUGACAACCCACUUUGCUGUGAGGAUUUACGGAGCAUCAGGAGCUGCUAUCCUGGGCUACAUACUGCUAGUGAUGACCUGUCUCAUUGGGAUUGGGAUUCUCGUAUUCUCUUAUUAUCUCUACAAGCAGAGGCCCAAGAUGUUCGCCUAGUUAGUACACUAUGACAAUGUAUGGAGUCAAAAACAUAUAACCAAUGUGGAACACUUGAGAGAGGUGAUCAUUUGUAGUUGUGGUGGCUCUGAGAAGAGCCGGUUGAGAGAAAAAUAAAAUAAAAGGUGGAGAGUUCAGCCGCCGAAUCCGUAGAGGGUGCGCCCCUGCCUCUUGAGGGCGUAGACGACGUCCAUGGCAGUGACGGUCUUUCUCUUGGCGUGCUCGGUGUAGGUGACUGCGUCACGGAUCACGUUCUCCAGGAAGGACUUGGACGCCGCGGGUCUCCUCGUAGAUGAGGCCAGAGAUAUGCUUGACUCCCCCUCGGCGGGCGAGACGACGGAUGGCCGGCUUGGUGAUGCCCUGGAUGUUGUCUCGCAGGAUCUUCCUGUGACGCUUGCCGCCUCCCUUUCCGAGUCAUAGCGAGGGGGUCGGU